CUCUCUCUCUCUAUCUUUGUGUUUAAUGUGAAUCACAUUUUAUGGUGAGUGGGCUGUGUGUGUGUGUGGCUUUUAGUCGCUUUCUAGUAAAACUCUUGAGUAUUAAUCGCAUUCUUAUGCUGGAUUCUUGAUUAAGAUCAGAAUCAUGAGUGCAAGAGUUAGCCCCAAAUUUGACUUAAUUAGCAAGAGCAAGAGCAAGAGCAGUUUUAGGAUUGGGGUUUGCAGGAGGAUUCCAAGGCAAACAAUUCGAACUAGUUAUGUCCCAUCAAGAUUUCUCUACUGGUUUUAGGGUUUAUGAGAAAUACAUUAGUAGAGAGAGAGAGAGAGAGAAAUAGUAGAAAGAAAAUGGUGAGAGGCAAUAAUUAUGAGGGAAUGGACCAUUUUUGCAGGGUGUGGAAGAGAACCAACAUGAGGUUGUCGGUUGUUUUGUAGAGUAAGUCCCUCUCUGUGCCACCACACCCUUACACCAAAUUCCCCAACUUAUCUCACAUCAAUAUCAUCUCACUCAUUUUACACACAAAACACACACUCACUCCCCUCUCCUCAUUUCUUUAUGGGCUUUAACUUAACUUCAAAAUCCUGGAUUCCUGUUGGGAGACACACAGACGACUUCUUUUCUUGCAACCUUAUACUCUCUCUCUCUCUCUCUCUCUCUUGAUUACUUUAAUCCCUCCCCCCAUUUUCCCUGAAUCAGUGCUAUUGUCCACGUCUUUACAUGCCUUGCCUGAAACUUCAUUUGCUGUUCAUGACGGUGCUGCACUGACAUCUUCUGUCGUUUUAUCAAAGGUAGAAGUUUUUUUAAUUGCUGAGUGGCGGUCCCAUAUCUUAGUCUUAUGUCCGAAUUUUGUUUCAAGAUUCUGUGAUUUAUUACUGUUUCCAACCCCUCCCUUAGAUUUUCUUGAUAUUAAUUAAGCCAUUAAUUGUGGUCAAUUCUUUUAUCUAUAUGCUCCUCCAUCUCCUGCUUGCCUGUGGGGUGAGAAUAACAUGAAAAUGGGGUGGUGGGGUUUGCACUCACAAACUCCAAAUUAAACCUCAGAUAAUUACUCCUCACUAAUUAUCUGUUCUAACAUUAGCUCAUCAAAGUUGAUGCUUUUAAGGAAAAGGUCAGAGGUUGAUGAGAUUCUGAUGUUUAGGACAAGGAGGGACUAAUUAGGAGCAAAAUCUGUGUCUCUUCUUGUAUAUUCAAGUAGUAUAGAGAAAUUUUAUGGAACGGAGAGGUCAAGAAAGGGAUGUAGGAAUCCCGAAUUCCAUGGGUUACACACCACCACAGAUGAUUCAAGAAUCUCCGGUGAAGCUGCCUCUUGCUCCUAUCCUCUCCACUCCGCCUGACCGGAGAGCAAAUGCAAUGGUUUCCACCCGCCGCGGAAGCUCAAUUUUUAGUCCUACCCAAACCCUAGAUCAUCACUACAAUCCUCCACCUCCUCCGCAGCAACACCGUCAGCUCAGCCCUCCUCCGCCGCCGCCACAGCAGCAGCAACCUGUUGUACAGAAAGACCACAGCCCAGAUCCAGAUCCGCCCCCCACAACUACCCCAACAACCGGUGGGGCAUCAAAUUCGAAGAAACCAACUCAGCCGCAGGCUCCACCACCAGUACAAGGCUCAGCACCUUCCGCCGCUGGUAAUAUUAGAUAUAGAGAAUGUCUCAAGAAUCAUGCUGCAGCCAUGGGAGGCCAUGUUGUGGAUGGAUGCGGAGAAUUCAUGCCUAGUGGAGAGGAGGGCACGCCGGAAUCCUUGAGAUGUGCCGCCUGUGAUUGCCACCGUAACUUCCACCGGAAAGAAGUCGACGGCGAGCAAUCCCACUACUACACAUACAAUCCCAACACCGGCAACAAAAACAGCCAUCGAAACCCGAUACUCCACGGGCAGACUCCAUCCUCAGCGCCCCCCCAUCACAAACACUCUCUUUCUUACUCCCAAGGCUUCACCACCGGCCCCACGCCGCCCACAAUGGUGAACUUCGGUGGAAACAGUGGAGGGGCGGCAGCAGAGUCGUCAAGCGAGGAUCUCAACAUGUUCCAGUCCGGCAGCGGCGUACAUGCAACGGGGCAGACGUCAUUUUCCGGGUCAAAAAAGAGGUUCAGAACGAAAUUCAGCCAAGAACAGAAGGAUCGGAUGCAUGAAUUCGCAACAAAGCUGGGGUGGAGGAUUCAGAAACAAGACGAGAAAGAAGUGCAGGAAUUUUGCAGUGAGGUCGGGGUGAAGAGGCAGGUUUUCAAGGUGUGGAUGCACAACAACAAACAAGCCAUGAAGAAGAGACAAAUCUGAUCAUCAAGGCAAGAAUCUUCCACGCCCCGUUAAUUCCACAUUAUUCUAAUUAAGGAUUUUAGGUAAUCAAUUAGCAGUAUGAUGAAUUUUUUAGCUUGUGUAUCAUCAUCUAAUGUAGAAAAAAUUUCAUGAAUUUUAGAGGGUCGAGCUAAUUUAUUACG